AUGACUGCCUGUGAUGCCUGCCGCCCUCCUCCGCCCGUCCUUUUCAAGGUCUGUGUCGCGGCGCCCUCCGAGGCCGCCGCCGCGUCACUGCUGCAGCUGCUGCAGGCCGGCCGCCUCGCUGCUAGCCUGCGCCCGGUCCCCUGGCCCAGCAGUCAAGGGGGCAGCGGUGAGUGCCACGGCGGCGGUGCGCCGCCGGCCGCCGAGGUUUUUGUCUCAGUGAACGUGCCAGAGGCCGCGCUAGCACAGGCGUGCGACGUGGUGUUGCCACCUGCUUGGCGGCGUGGAGGGUUGGAUGGCGGCGCUGCCGGUCAGCAGCAGCAGCAGCAGCAGCAGCAGCAGCAGCAGCAGCAGCAGCAGCAGCAGCAGCAGCAGCAGGGCGACGGCUCUCAAGACGAGGAGGGCGGCGCGGACGAAGGGGACGGCGGGGACGAGGGCGCCGCGCUGCCAGACCCUGCGGCCGCGCUGCCGCCCUCGCGGCUGGUCUCCCACCUCGCAGGCGCCCUCUGCCCGCAGCUGCUGCAGCGGCACGCACACUCGGGCCAUGCCCGACCUGCAGAGGAGGGGGUGAAUGGACUCAGCUGCAGAGACGGGUUUGCCGCCGCGCAAGAGGGCCUGCAGCUGUGGCGGCUGCGGCUGGGCCUGGCGCGCGGCGCGUUCCACCAGCAGGCGGCGGGCCCGCAGGACCCCGCGCGGCGGCCGUGGCAGCAGGCGCUGCUGGCGAUGGCGGCUUGGCUGGCGCCGCACUGGCAGGUGGGCGCGGCGCUGGGCAACGAGGGGGGCGGCGACGGCGACGGCGGGUUUGACGGCGGCGCGGACGCCGGCACGGGAAACGGCUUGCACGGUGGGCCGUCGACGGCGCCCGGCACCCUGUCGCCGCCUCGGCCCAACAAGAGGCGGCGCUCUGAGCCGCCGGCGGGGCAGCAGCAGCAGCAGCGCCGCGAGGGCGCUGCUGAGUUUGACGCGAGCGUGCUGUACGCGUGGGCCAAGCCGUCGGGCCUGGAGCCGCGACUCCCUGAUUCCGAGGUAUCCAGCGCACUGCUGCCCACGCUGCGGCCGUAUCAGGCGCGCGCGGUCCGGUGGAUGCUGGAGCGGGAGCGCGCCCCGCAGCACGCAGCAGGCCUGGUCGGCAGCUGCCGCGAAGCUGCUGAAGACCGCGGCAGCGAUGGCGAUGACGACGGCAGCAGCAGCAGCAGCAGCAGCGGCCACAGCAGCCUCCCGGGCUGA